UCUCUCCCCCGACGUUACUUUAGAGGCGUAUUAAAGCUCUGGCUCCAGUCGCAGGCGCUGCGGACGACCUGUGCAACAGUAACGGCCGCCUGUCGGGACGAAUGUCGGGACGCUUCGCGGACACGGUGGCUGACACUACGCGGCUCGGUACAACAACAGGAAACAUAUCGAACAAGUACAGCCUGAACCAGAAGGUUUCAGUCAUAUUUUUGAAGAUUUCAAGUCUUUGAUUUAUUGGCCAAUCGAUGGGGAUUGUACGAGGAGCUCCGCCCACCUUCGCUGCCUUCCCACCUCCUCAUUGCCUCACCUGCGACAUCUCUUCCACCCCCAUCCACACCGUUGUGUCUAAUUUUAUCCAGCCUUCCAUACAAAAAAUGACUCAGGAGUUCACUGAGUGGUCCUCUAUAUGGAUUUCUACUGCUUAUAAUAGACAGUAAAGGAAAACAAGAAAUGUCAAUCAUAAAGAAGCCAUAAAUCAACCACAUCCACACUCACAUACAUAUACUUACACAAUCACACACACACAAACAACACAGCCACAUACUCAAACAGCCAUCACACACCUGCAACACAAGUUCUCGCUUGGAAUGUUCUGCACUCUCUUCCUGUGCUGAGUCAGCUGUUUGAUUCUUUUUUUGGGGGGAUUUUCUGCAAAGCUGAUUUGUGGGAAGAAGAAAUUUAACUCCUUUUGGAAAUCCCAGAUGGAUUAAACUUCGAUGUUGAAGCUGCAACGUUAUUUUGAGGACAACUUUGUUUUUUUUUGGGCCACUUUUUCCCCAACGAGGACGACCCCACUCGCCGUCUGGCAGAACAAUGAUGAUAUUAACUUGAAGUGACUUUAGUUUCUUUGCUUUUGGGGGGGGUUUAUGAAUAUUGGAGUUUAUCUGUUACAGGUAAUUUAUUUUACUGAGCACUUUCUACCAGUUAAGAGACUACCAAAUCCAAACAAAAAGCCUCAGUCAGAGAAUAUUUAUUUUUCCUAAGAUUCUAAAUAGCUAUAUAAGUGUGUUCAAAAGGGCAGGAUAUUUCCGGGUGCAUGCCCUCCAACAUGCCUCCCCAGAACACGGAGGCUGACACCAUGCAGGUCGGAUCUCUUGUGGGUGAAGCCGCCGCCAAAAGCUCGGCAAUGUCACAAUCAGAGGAUGAGAACGGAGCAGGAGAGACGGAUGGAACGGGUGGAGGAGGUCGAGGAGGAGAGGAGUCUCCAAGCGAAACAUCAGUCGAGGGAAUUACGCUGAAGAGAUGGGUGAUGCACGGAGCCGUCAUGUUUGGAAGGGAGUUCUGCUAUGCCAUGGAGACAGCGCUGGUGACGCCCGUACUGCUGCAAAUAGGUCUUCCAGAGCAAUACUACAGUCUGACGUGGUUCCUCAGCCCGGUCCUCGGCCUCAUGUUCACCCCUCUGAUCGGCUCGGCCAGUGACCGCUGCACCCUGCGCUGGGGCCGUAGGCGACCAUUCAUCCUCGCCCUCUGCAUCGGAACCUUAAUCGGAGUAGCACUGUUUUUGAAUGGAUCCCUUAUCGGAUUGUCACUCGGCGAUGAGCAAGGACGACAGCCAAUAGGAAUAGUUCUCACUGUGCUCGGGGUGGUGGUGUUGGACUUCUGUGCUGAUGCGUCGGAGGGUCCGAUCCGAGCCUAUCUGUUAGAUGUAGCAGAUGCAGAUGACCAGGACAUGGCGCUCAACAUACACGCUGCAUCAGCAGGUCUGGGAGGAGCUGUCGGCUAUGCGCUCGGAGGCCUCGACUGGACGCACACGUUCUUGGCAUCGGCUUUUAAAUCUCAGGAACAGAUCCUCUUCUUCUUUGCUGCAAUCCUCUUCACCGUGUCCGUUAUUUUGCACCUUCUUAGCAUCGAUGAACAGCUUUAUGUUUCCCAACAUGACCGACUCGACCAGGAAAGUCCAGAUCACAUCCAGCCUACGUCCUCGAACGGCAGAGCCGGGCUUCUCGCUCCGACGCUGGAAAUGAUCGGUGAGGAUGAGACGAUGGACAGCUACGACCUGUACGAUCCCUAUGGAGACGACCAGUCGGACAGAGGAGAUAUGGACUUUCUGGAGAAUGAGCUUGUGAGAAGUAAAAGUGACAGUGUUCUGGCCAUGGCUGAUGCCACCCUGGACCACCUCGAGCACGAGGCGUUGUUCAUGUGCCACAAAGAGCACUCCAUUUUCACUGACCACCACCUCCUGCCCCAUCACCACUCGCCUCCUAUGAUCACCCCCUUCUUCAACGGCAACCACAGCACCCCCCCGAGGCACGGCAGCCUCAGGCGCAGCAGCACCGGCAGCCAAGAGCUCUUCCGCCCCCAAAACCUGAACCAUCACCAAGUCCACCAUCCCCCCGCCAGGAUUUGCCGGCUGUCGGCGUUUCUGCAGGAAAUGGAGAACGACGAGGGACAGGAGGCCUUGCUGAACAACCAGCUGAACGAGCAGCGGACGUUAAACGGCCGGUUGAUGUCAUGCGUCCACGCGGCUAACAAAGAAGCUGGCAGUAGCAGGCUUAGCGCCAAAGGGCAAGCUAAUCGUGCUGGAAUGGUCAAAGCUGCCAGCACCGGCGCUCCGACGCGACAGCCUCGUCACCACCACACUUUCUACCGCCAACCGUCCUGCACCUUCUCUUACUACGGCAGAGUCGGCAACCAUCGCUAUCGCUAUCGCAGAUCCAACGCCGCUUUCCUCAUCAAACCUUCGCGCAGCAUGAACGACCUGUACGAGGUAGAGGCCAGACGCCGGAGGAACCGAAGGAGGAAACGUCAUCGCAGUGAAAACACCAACUCUUCCAGCGGGGAUGCAGAGAGCGAAGAGGGCGAGGUGGAGACCACGGUGCGACAUCUGUGGCUCUCCAUGCUGAAGAUGCCGCCAGAGCUGCUGCGCCUCUGUGUCUGCCACCUCCUCACCUGGUUCUCCAUCAUUGCUGAGGCGGUCUUCUUCACCGACUUCAUGGGCCAGGUCAUCUACCAUGGAGAUCCCACUGCUUCUGCAAACUCCACAGCCUUGGACAGUUAUCACAAAGGGGUUCAGAUGGGAUGUUGGGGGCUUGUUAUAUACGCCAUGACUGCUGCUACAUGUUCAGCCCUGCUUCAGAAGUACCUGGAUAACUUCGACCUGAGCAUCAAGAUCAUCUACAUCCUGGGAACACUUGGCUUCUCCAUCGGAACGGCUGUCAUGGCGAUCUUCCCCAACGUUUAUGUGGCGAUGGUGAUGAUCAGCACCAUGGGCGUCAUCUCCAUGAGUAUCUCCUACUGCCCAUACGCGCUGCUCGGGCAAUAUCAUGAAAUGAGACAGUACAUCCAUCACAGCCCUGGCAACUCCCGAAGAGGCUUUGGCAUCGACUGUGCCAUCUUGUCUUGCCAGGUGUACAUCAGUCAGAUCCUGGUAGCCUCAGCGCUGGGAGCGGUUGUGGAGGCAGUCGGCAGCGUUCGCGUGAUACCCAUCGUGGCCUCCGGGGGCUCUCUUCUGGGAUUCCUCACUGCUUGCUUCCUGGUCAUUUACCCUGCGCCCAACAACGGGGAGGUCAAAGCCUCUGAGAAACACACUUUGACGGCAUCGGAAACCCCCGACGGCAAAGGUGUGGCAGUGAAGGUGGUGAAGGAGAAGCCCAGCUUCCUCAAACUCAGCAAGGAUGGGAAGGCCACCAGCACAACAGCUUCCUGUCACAUGGAAAAUGAGUCUGCUCUGUGAUGGGAUGAUGCAGGCCACGACGUUCUGCUCUUAAAAAAGCCAACCAUUUAAAAUCCAGUCUGCCCCGUUCUACUGGUUAGUGACCAGUGAUUUGAGUCUCUGGGAUGCUACUGAGCUGGACGACCAGUUCAGGGACACUUGAAUGCAAAUGGCUUUGGAUGUACGCGUGACUUUAUUGAUGAACCUUUCUUCCACCAAACCUGCAAUUCUGAAGAAAAUCGGCCUAAAUAUCGGUCUUCACUGCUGUGGACUUUGGUGUGAGGGGUGCUCACCAAAACAUCUGCUACAGUAGCAUUUCUAAGAGGAGAAAAAUUUAGAUAUAUAUAUCUCGAUACCGAUGGCCUAAAGUUACUGUAAGUCGUCUUAAAUGAAACCUUAUUUAAACCUCAUUCCAGGACAGCAAGGACGAAGAUGACGAGAGGAAGAAAUGGCAUUGAUGCAAAAUGUGCAUUCACGAGGGCAUUACACUCACAAACACCUGGUUCCUGACCAACUGUGGGCAGACGAGUGACUGGUGUGUGUGUGUGUGUGUGUGUGUGUGUGUGUGUGUGUGUGUGUGUGUGUGUGUGUGUGUGUGUGUGUGUGUGUGUGUGUGUGUGUGUGUGUGUGUGUGUGUGUGUGUGUGUGUGUGUGUGUGUGUGUGUGUGUGUGUGUGUGUGUGUGUGUGUGUGUGCGUGUGUCAAAGCAAUUUACGUAUCCGCACAGGUCCGAUCCACACCUUCCGUCAUAGAAUCAUUUAGAAGACAGUAUCUCUGUUUGGUGGACGCAUCCAGCGGACGUCUGUAGUCAUGUGACUCGAGCAGCCGUGACAUUCUUCGUGGACAAAAUACUGAAGAAUUCAGCUCAAUUAUAUUGUUACAUUUAACUUGCAAAAAAAAAAGUACAACAAAAUUGUUGACGGAAUUGUUGACGGUCAGAAUGAGGAUACAACCCUGUGUUGGGACCACUUACCCUCCUAUCUUACCGACAAGUGGUGUCGGAAGUAGGAUGAUUGAGGUGGGAUGGUUAGGAAGGGUCGCGCUAAGCAACAUUACCAAAGUCACCAGGCUGACUCUUUCUUCAAGUGAAUUUCUUUGACCCCACACCUGCACUCAAGUGUCGUAGAAAAUGUGAGCGCUGGAUGAACUGUGAAGCUGAAGUGAUCUUUUGAGCGUUGUGAGUUGCCCACGCGGGGAGUGUUGGAAGUUGCUGACUAUUAGACAAAAAAAAAUGGCUGGUUGGGAUGUGCUCCUCCUGGGAGUCGGUGUGGAAUUUGGGCAGACGGGGUUUGAAAACAAGUUUGAGUCCUUUAAAGGGGUUUCAGGGUUUAUUUUACUGUAUCAUAAUGAGACGUUUUAGAAUUGACUCACGGAUCCUUUUUACUCGUGAAUAGUUGCAGAGUUUCCACAUAGAUUACUUCCAUCAGGUACAUUCUGAGUAGAGAGAGUCAUGUUAGGGGGUGGAGGCCCAUCCGAGCGAUGACGGUCUCCCAGUGAUACUCACCAAAAUACCUUUAGUGUUUGAAGGUUUGCAUGCAAGAACAACAAUAUGCAUGUGCAGAACACCAAAGUCUGACUUUACUAACCACUCCACGCUCUUCUCCCGCUGUCGUCAUCAGUCAGGGACGUGUUCAUGCAUGACAGUGUCUUUUGUUGUGUCUUCUGUUCCCCUGCUCAAGUCUGAAACUCUACAUUGUACUUCUGAAGCCGAGUGUGGCGUCCAACGCUCAUCGAAAGCAUGUGACUUAAAAAAAAAAACGAUUUGCACAUUUAAGAGUAAAGUUUGUGACAACACGCCUCCUGUAGAGAACGACCGCACUCGCCGUGCCAAACCCGCAGGACGUGCGUCAUCACGAGCUUCUCGUUGCAAACGUCUCCCACUGGCGACUACUUGAAAUGCAACUUGAAAGUUUUCUGUUUCACUGCAGUGCAAACUCUUUUAUUUUUGGGGGCCUGAGACGCGGCGAGCCUUUUCUUGUCCACUCUGGAAUGUUCAGACAGCAGCCUCGCGCUCGGCCUGCUGGGAGAUCUCAUCCUUUGAUUCCAUCUGGUGACUUAGAAGAUAAAAGUCAUUGAAUGUAAAGAGGACGUCCUGCGAACUCCUCUUCGCUUAGAUGUUUAACACGCCGCUGGGCCUGACGUUGCACGAAUCUUGCACAUGAUAAGUAAAGUAGAAAAUAUGUUGGUCGUUGAGAAAGAAAAACUCUGGAUAUUUAUUUUUUUAGGUUUGACUUUUAUUUUUUCCACAAUUCAAUUUUUUGGGUUGGUUUGCUCUUACUACUGGAAUUGUGCUACCUCCACACUACUACAAUACACAGUCAUUUGAAAAUGGAUUCCACCUGAAUUCUUUGUCCCCAUUUGUAACCAAAGAGAUUUGAACGUGGCCCUUUCAUGAGUGUUUAUGGCUUGGAUCGCCUCGCUACACAGUGUAAACUUGACUGAAAGGAUAAAGGAUUAACAAGAUCUCAAAAAUGUGAGGACAAAAGCCUCCCGCUUCCAUCAGCAAUGGUUCAGGAGGUGAGACCAAAUAACAAAAUCGAAUCUUCUUGCGUAUAUUAAGUUUUAAGGGCCUAGUCUGAUGUUAGUUUGCAACAGUUUUUGUCAGAAAUAAUUCAAAUCAUUUUUGAAUUGUAGAUUUACAGCCCCUAAAAGGCCACGUUUGUAGCACAGAAGCGAGUAGAAAUACAGAAGUUCAAACACUUGAGUAUGGAAUGGCUUAACUUGUGGGACUCAACUGCAGUGAUGUGCAGUGACAGCUUACACAGUUUUGGUGAGUAAUCUUGCCGCCCUCUACCUUUAGAUGAUGAUGAUGUGAUGAUGGUGGUGGUGAUGCCUUGCCUUACAAUUGAAGUGCUGCACACAUGCCAAAUAUGAAGCUCAAGAGUGUCUUGAUGGUUCCAAAUGUAGCAGUGUGGAUGUAGCUUCAGGUGAACCGUUGGUGUCUUGAUGGUUUAUAAAAUCUCAUCUCAGUCUUCUACUCUGGAAUGGACAGUUGCAAUACACUUUCCAGCUCGAUACAAUCUUUUCCCUGUUCUCCAAAGGCAAAGUCUCGCACACACCGGUCAGUCUUUGCACUUUCAGCGGCAGCCACCGUGGCGCCGCCUCCCUACCUGGUGCUUCCGUGCCAGCAGAGCACUCCAUGAAUGUGAGGAUGCCGAGUGCGUGCUAGAGUUGUCCAUGCAGCCAGCUGAACCCUGUGUGAGACUCUGCCUUGCCUGACGCUGUGGUGACGACAGAGAAACACUUAUACACUUUGACUUUAAAUCAAGAUUAAAGAAUGGGAAAGCAAGUAUGUGCGGUGUACAAUAUAAUAUGCCUUGUGUGACAUAAGUCCAUGUAUAUUUUUGUCCUUUAGAUUCCUUUUAAUUGCUGCUAUUAAAAAGAUGAUUAUUUUUUUCGGUAGUUUUGUUUUCUAUAUAAAGUCUGUAAAUAUCUCUAUUCUGUAAAUAUGCUUGUACAUAUAUAUACA